AUGUCCUGCAGCCUCAGCUCCGGGAGCCGCUCCACCCGCUCCUACCGGCGGGCCCUGCGCUGCCCCGGCUCCGCCUGUGAGCCCGUCUUCCAGGGCCACGCCGUCUACUCUCCGGGCACCUGCCAGCCGGGCACCUACCAGUCGGGCACCUACCAGCCGGGCACCUGCCAGCCGGGCACCUGCCAGCCGGGCCCAUCUCUCUACGGCGGCUGCCAGGACACCUACUGCGCACCCACCAGCUGCCAGACGUCCUGCUUCCGUCCCAGGACCUCCGCCUUCUGCAGCCCCUGCCCGUCCAGCUACUCGGGAUCCUCGGGAUGUGGCCCCACAGGCCUCAGGCCCUUCGGCUACGGCAGCCCCCACGUCCAGUCUCUGGGCUGCGGGCCCAGCUUCUACCGCUCCAGCCCCACUUGCUUUUCUUCCAGGAGCUGCCAGUCAGCCUGCGUCCAGCCGGCCUUCAGCUCUCGCUGCUUCGGGCCAACUUACUGAGCAUCCCGGGGCGUCUCACGGUGGUGCCUGCGACCUCUGAAGCCAGAACAGGCCUCCGGCCCGAACGCCAGGACUGCUGACUUCCAUCCCGGCUCCUGGAAGCCUGUGACUUAUUGUGGACAAAGUGACCUUGUCUGUGACCUUCUCUGAACCAGACACGUGAGAUAGAGCUAAUUUGCAUUCUUGUGCCACAGCUCAGAUUCACGUCUCCUACUUUCUAAGAUUCCUCUGUUCUAUCUCUCCUCGCGUUUGUUCACAUAACUGUA